CGCUUACUCCCUUCCCUCCCUCCUUCCCUCCCCCCUCCGCGGCUGAGGAGGCGCCUGAGCGCGGCGGCAUCCUCCCUUGUCUCAUCGCGGGGAGGAGCCGCCGCCGCCUGCGGGGAAGAUCUGCACGUUAGAUUUUUUGGGGAAAAGCAGCUAGUGAAUAUAAAGUUUUAAUACAUGAGAAAUAUAUGUUGCUUACCUAUUUACUUUCAAAAAGGGACACUGGCACAAAUCCAUAUGGAAGAUGAACCUCCUCCUUCUCAAGGAGUCAGUGUCAAGGUCUUGGAGGCAACAUUACUGUCAGCCCUGAAGAUGCUGGAUGUUGGGAAAUGGCCAAUUUUUUCCCUUUGUUCACAAGAAGAGCUCAAGUUAAUUCGUCAAGCCUGUGUAUUUGGCAGUGCUGGUAAUGAGGUGCUGUAUGUAACUGAAAAUGAUGAGGUUUUUGUGCUUGGCAUGAACUGCAGUGGUUGUUUGGGAACAGGAGACGUCCAAAGCACAAUUGAGCCAAAGAGAUUAGAUUCUCUAUGUGGCAAAAAGAUAGCCUGUCUGAGUUAUGGAAGUGGCCCUCAUGUUGUGCUGGCUACAGAAGAAGGAGAAGUGUACACAUGGGGUCAUAAUGCUUACAGUCAGUUGGGCAAUGGUACAACAAAUCACGGUUUGGUUCCCUGUCAAGUCUCUACUAACUUGGUGAACAAGAAAGUCAUUGAAGUUGCUUGUGGCUCUCAUCAUUCUAUGGUGUUAACAUCUGAUGGGGAGGUAUACACAUGGGGUUACAACAACUCAGGCCAGGUUGGAUCUGGUUCAACUGCUAAUCAACCAAUUCCUCGAAGAGUUACCAGCUGCCUACAAAAUAAAGUAGUAGUUAACAUAGCCUGUGGACAGAUGUGCUCUAUGGCUGUGGUGGAAAAUGGAGAGGUCUACGUCUGGGGCUACAAUGGUAACGGCCAGCUCGGACUGGGCAGCAGUGGCAAUCAGCCGACACCGUGCCGAAUAGCAGCCUUGCAGGGCAUUCGUGUACAGCGGGUUGCCUGUGGCUGUGCACAUACGUUAGUGCUUACAGAUGAAGGUCAGAUUUAUGCCUGGGGAGCCAAUUCAUAUGGCCAGUUAGGUACUGGGAAUAAAAGCAACCAGUCUUACCCUACUACAGUUGCUGUGGAUAAGGACAGAGUUAUAGAGAUUGCAGCCUGCCACUCUGCUCACACCUCGGCUGCCAAGACGCAGAGCGGCCAGGUGUACAUGUGGGGCCAGUGCCGUGGCCAGUCUGUGGUCCUUCCCCACCUCACUCACUUUGCCUGCACUGACGAUGUGUUUGCUUGCUUUGCUACCCCUGCUGUUAUGUGGCGUCUUCUCUCAGUAGAGCCUGAUGACCAUCUAACAGUAGCCCAGUCACUGAAGAAGGAAUUUGACAACCCUGAAACUGCAGACCUGAAGUUCCUAGUGGAUGGAAAAUACAUCCAUGUUCAUAAAGUUCUUCUCAAAAUUAGGUGUGAACAUUUUCGUUCCAUACUGAAUAAUGAUGAGGAAAUUAUAGAAAUGAGUGAAUUUUCUUAUCCCGUUUACCGAGCCUUCCUGGAGUACCUGUACACAGACAAUAUUAGGCUCCCUCCUGAAGAUGCAAUAGGACUGCUAGAUUUGGCAACACUGUAUAGAGAAAACAGAUUGAAAAAGCUUUGCCAGCAAACUAUCAAACAAGGCAUUUGUGAAGAGAACGCGAUCGCUCUUCUUUCUGCUGCUGUCAAAUAUGAAGCUCAGGACUUGGAAGAAUUUUGCUUCAGAUUUUGCAUAAACCAUUUAACUGUUGUAACACAAACGCAAGGCUUUGCAGAAAUGGACCACGAUCUCCUGAAAAACUUCAUUAGCAAAGCAAGCAGAGUGGGAGCAUUCCGAAAUUGAGACCUGGCUACCGCCAAGCUGAAGAGCGCAUCCUCAUGCCUCCUGGGAAUACUUCUCCUUUGGAGAAUUUAUUCAUGGUCAGAACGCAUCCUCGGUGCCCGUCAGCUUAGGAGAUGCCUCGAAGUCUGCUAACAUACUGGUUUGAAAAGAUGACUACAGCAUAGGUGUGUAGGGAGAGCUCAUUGCCAGCAUUCAGAAUUUGACAACAAAAUCUAAUGCAAUAACUACCCUUUCCCACUUAAAGUUAAGCAAACUAAGCUGGCAUUAUCUUGACUAUUUUGAGUAUAUUAUUUUUAUGUAAAAAACUUGUAACUGGAUUUUAUAGAGCAGUGACAUCCUUGCUGCUAAAACUUUCAUCGUACACUUCUAUCACCAAACUAUGUUAAUAUGCCACAGUGGGCCUCUUUGUGUCAGGUUAUCCAAAGAGACAAACUUGGUUUUCUGAGUACGUGAUGAAGUAUUAUACAUCCUUUAGGAGGAGAGGCUUUCUGAGUGGUAGGAAGUUUUGUCUCUCUGUAUGUUUGAGUGUAAAUACCAAAACUGUGAAGAGUUCAGCUGGAUAUUAGAAUUUUAAGUUGGUGGCCGUUGUGUCCAUUGUUCUAGACAAUGAAAAAGCCUGUCCAUUAUACCAGGCAUGUUCCCUGGCACCCCUAUGGGACAGCAAACAGUAUUUGUCUGGGCAUGAAUUAUGGUGUGGUGUGUUUCAGCACUCAGAAAACCAUCUGGCUGCUUGCUACCAAGAAAAAUGAAUCUAAACAAGAUCUCAGGGAAAGGGAGGUUCCACUGAGAUUUGCUCAUUUAAUCCUAUCUUACUGCCCGUCCCCUAGGAGGUCAUCUUAAGAAAAGUGGAAAAGAAGAUCAAGUGAUAAAAUGGGUCUUAGAAUUAUAUCACAAAAGUGGAACUCACGCUGCUUCCCACGUGGCAGUAAGGACACCCUGUUGAGUGCGUUGUUUCAGGUUCUCCUUUGGGCAGUGCUGCCAUAGCUCUCUGAGUGACCCCAGCACUUGCAUUCUGUGCCUGUUUGAGGGGUGAGGAGUUGUCCACUGGCCAUUGAGGCGGGCGGGAUGGCUUAGGCAGAUUAGGUACUUAGUUUCUAACUGACUAACGUGAGCUAAGAUAAAAUGCCACCUUGUGUAAUGCAGAGGAGGGGUUGCCCACUUACAGACAAUGCUGAGCUUAUGGAGCAGUUACUUGGAAUUUUUUUAACAGGCAAUUGUCAAUGAACUCUGAGAAAUGAUUUCUCUUCAAAGAGCGGGAGGAGCGGCUCUACGUGGUACAUGCCCUCUGCAGUACUUUACAAAAGCUGGAUGGCCAGGCUCAGUGCGCUGGUACAUCUCAUGCCACCUUCACUCAGACUCGUGCUCUGCCAGAGUCCUCUGACGACUUAUUCCAAUCCUCGUAUGUGGUUUCUAAGAACCUAAUUCCCUUAAAUGAUCUCAGCCUCAUUUCUGAAGUGGAAAUUACUGUCCUUAGUCAUAGCAGAGAACUAUUUCUUAAGCGUUCAUAUUCCUUGAGGAGGAGAAAGAGGAGAAACAAGUUCUCAGAGAAGAGGAGUGAGGAGUUGCUCUCGUCACAUUGGUCUCUGCAGCUGUGAUUGGAUGGGUAAGGCAUGCAGAUGGCAAAACUGACUUAGGAAGAUAGGUGGAAGCAAAUUACUUUGGGAAAAUGCUGUACUAAGAAACCAUUUGCAGUUGAGGUUUUUCCCUCAAACCGUCGCUAGGAAUGUAUUGUAUUGUCUGUUGCUUACAAGCUUAUUUUGCCUUCCCAUAGUCAUACAGCUUCCUCCAGCAGCAUCAAGCCAUACUUCAGCUGCUGUGUCAGCAUUUUAUGUUCAAAUAGACCUGGUCAAAACUUUCCAAUACAUAAUGCCAUCCCAUCAAAACCACAACAUCCCUGAGGGGAAAACGAUGUGUUUUGGUAAUUCUGUGUUGAAAAAGCACUUGCUGCAGGCACACAGAUAAAGCUGUUCUCAGGAGGGGCACAAGUCCACCAUGCUGUAGCCCAACACUAAUCAUAUAUCAAGAGCGGACAAAAGGCAACGCUGCAUGAGCCAAGACUGAGGAAUUCCAACCCAUUUGGUCGAGCCAGGGACAGCUAGGGUGAAGUCUCAGUCCUGCUCACCCCGGAGCCUGAGAACCACCAGUGCCACCUGCCAGCACAGCCUUGGCAGCACGCAGAGCCAAGGUAGCCGUGUGCAUGGUCCUAGUGAUAGGAUGAGGAGGAAAUUAAAAGAUGCUUGAUGUUAGGCAGAAAUUCUUUACUCAGAGGGCGGUGAGGCCUUGGCACAGGCUGCCCAGAGAAGCUGUGGGUGCCCCAUCCCUGGAGGUGCUGAAGGCCAGGUUGCAUGGGGGCCUGGGCAGCCUGAGCUGCUGGGUGGCACUGCCCACGGCAGAGGGCUGGGGCUUUAAGAUCCCUUCCAACCCGAGCUGUUCUGUGGUUCUAUGACAGUACCAGCUGUAGGCAAGGCUGAGGGUGGGAAGCGUGGCUGCCUGCAGUGAGCCUGGACAAACCAGCAAAGCUCACUUUUGUAGCACUCAAUGAGAUCAGGGGGUGAAAGGGCCGGAGGCAGCUGGGCAGCGCUGCUUUGUGUAGGAAGGGCAAAAGCUGCCGCACCCAGCUAUGGUAUUUAUGGAACUGGAAUUAAGUUCAAAAAAUGUUCUCCAAACAUUCCCACUGUCAAAAUGUUAAUUUUGUAACAUUUUAAAAAACUUUUUGUUUUAUUCAAUGUCUGAUCAAACCAGUCCACUGUUCAGGGAAGAGCCUGGCUCCCCUGAGUCCCGCUCCCUGGAGGGAGGUUCCUGAAGAGUGCUGCCGUGCUCCUCCUCUGGCUCAGGCCCACAGGGCAGUUCAACAACACGAGACCCCCAGAUAAAAGCGACUGCAGUCGAUACAGUGUGCUUUCUUAGUGAGGCAUUUUUUGGCUUAACAUAACCAACAGUGCCUUUAAAAAAAAAAAAAUUUCCUUCCUGUGUAUGAUUUCCCACCUACUGUGUGCAGCAAAGCUUGGCUGCAAUUUCAGCGUGGCUGACAAAGUCUGGCAUCCUGAGAGGAGGCAUCUGUGUGCUGAACAAAGGCAACUACAGGUGUAGCAUGGCAGCGCUGGCUGUCCCUCACACCAUGCGUAGCGUUGGUCCUGGACGUGAUGCCACUGUAUUCCUAGAGACUUCUAUUUAUUUAUUUGCUAACUUUCAUUUGCAUGCACUUUCCUUGGCACUUAACGGCCGAUGUUUAAAAAACAUAUUGGCUUAAGUGGUUAAAUGCAGCUGUGUGUGCGUAAACGUGCUCGGAAACCUCUUGUGGGACAUUUUGGAAGAAAUUAAGGAUGGGUUUUGCUACUGUACAGGGUCUGCAAUGAAUUCAAGUUGUGGAUCCUGCAGGUUAACUACUUCAAGAGGUGGUUCUCAUUUUUUAGGACACCACAGGCAAAAAAGGGUAUCUGUUACGUGAAAAUAAUGUCAAGCAUAGGAUGUGUCUGGGGCUCAAAGAGGGAUUUUUGCUUGAGAAGCACAGGUGAAAUUUGCUUGAAAAAGACGUGACAGGAAAACAAUCAGCUCAAGGUUACAUUGCUGAAUAGUCAGCACUGCAGUGCCCUUGGGUAGUCCCAGCACCGUGUGAACUGCUGAGUCACUUCCAUAGGCUUUCCUUGUACAACAAAGCCUUCAGUUGCCCCAUGGAGCUGGGAGGCGCUGGGUGCCACCCCACCGUGCAGCAGGGGUGGGGCCUGAACUUGUAAGUGGGUUUUGAUUUCUUGUUUCUUCAUCAACUUGCCUGCGUUUAACAGACCAUUAAUAAAAACACCAUCCUAUCUGAAAAGCG